AUGAUUGUUCCUGUCCGUUGUUUUUCAUGUGGUAAAGUUGUUGGUGACAAAUGGGAAUCAUAUUUAAAACUUUUGGAAGAUGAUACAACUGCAAAUGAAGGUCAAGCUCUAGAUAAAUUGAAAUUGAAAAGAUACUGUUGCAGAAGAAUGAUUUUGACUCAUGUUGAUCUUAUUGAAAAAUUCUUGCGUUACAACCCAUUGGAAAAGAGAGAAGUUGUUCCAAACUGA